CGAGGUGGUGAGUAGGUUGGCUGGUUCCAGUUAUUCACUGUACAGAGCCUCUGCUUAGCCAUGGGCUGUAGGGGCAGGGGACAGACCCUGGCACCCUGUGGAAGGACAGAGUGAGGGUGGAAGCCCUUUGGCAGAACUGUGCAACCUGGGCAAGAGCAGUGUCUAACAAUGUUGUUUUUUUUCAUUCUCCCCUAUUUUGGGCUCAAAAGUGGCAGUGCCAGCCUAGGAGAGCAGAAGGAUUCAGCUUGGCUUCAAUAACAUGCAGGACCAAGGUGCCUAAGGAGUUCUUUGUGCAGUGUGCUUACUUGAGCAGUGGAGUGGCUGGAAACCUUCCUCCAGCUUUUCUGGAGCUGGUUUGCUUCCAGCCAAAGCUGCAGGUCUGCUGAGUUCUCAGCUUUCUGUGCUAGUGUAACAGGGAACACCUUGAAGUACCUGUCCCCUCUUUUCUUGCACUAGUCUUGUUAGUGAGGAGGAUGUUCUGUUGCAAAUGAGCCCUGUCCAGCUGGAGAUGUUCCUCCUUCAAACAGAUUUAUUCCUAGAAGAUAAAGGAGACUUUUUCCCUUUAUCAAGGACAUAGAGCAGCUGCCAGCUCUUAUAGGCUGUGCACAGAGGUGCUGUGUGCUGGUGAGAGCACAGGUACACUGGUCACAGGCAGGCAGGGUUGCUGAGGGUGGAUCUCCCCCUGUCCCUCUGGGUGAGGAAGUCUCCAUCAGCUCAGUGCACGUGGCUCCUACAUCAAGUUGAUAGUCACAAGUCUGUCCUCUACAGAGAGCUGAAGUCUUUGGCUACCAGCUGGCAAAGAUGGUUCAAGUUGCAUUUAGGAAAAAGCACACAGGAGUGAGGCACCAGAGAUGGCUUCUACAGAGGGGCAGCAGUACCACUGACAUCACAUCUCCGUGUGGGAGGCUCCCUACAGAGGGCCAGAGUUUGAGGGCUGCUUGGAAAGGGAUUAGAGACUGAUUUUGGGGGGCACCAGGGAGGUGCCUGGAAGGUGGCAUCUGUUUAUGAAAGGAGUACUGUGGCAUCAAGUCACCCAGUAAGCAGAGAAGAGACUCCUGAACACGUGUGGUUUGGCCGUUCGGCUCUGGCAGCGAGAAGUGUGGAUAGGAAAGUAAUUUAACACCUCCCCUCACGCAACCCUCCCCAGCCCCAGUGCGAUCCCUGCUCCCCAGGCACAUUCCCGUGCCUCUGCCCAGCUCUGUCCUGCUGUGUGGGGGCUGCAGGGGUGGUGUCCCACUCUCGGGUGCCCCAGGCUGCAGUGGGCUCUGGGUCCCCCUCAGCCCUGUGCCUGCCUGGGGAUGGAGCCAGGGCAUGACGUCCUCGUGUGCUGUGCUGGUCCUGUGCAGUCCCUGCAGCCUCCUGCAUGCUCCUCUCCAGGGAGGGAUCCCCCUCCUCGUGCUCUGCAGUGGCAUUCCCUGCUCUUCCUCACAGACUCUGCUGUGCUGUAACGCUGGCUUGCUCCUGCCACACACCUUCCUCACCCCCUGCUCCAUUCCUAGGCUCUUUGUUUCCUGUCCAUCUCUUGGGUUAUUAUAAUUAUAUUUUUUUGUAAAUUUCUGUUUGAACAUUUUGUCAUUGUGAACAAAGAAAAAUGAAACCUUUUAAAACGUAUCCAUUUUAUUAAAUGAUUAUUGUUAUUAUUAUUAAUGUUUACUACCUGAAUUGAUCAGUGAAAUAAAUACAUUCAAAAACCCAACCUCUUUCUGUUUAAUUUUCAGCCCUCUUCAGCAGCAUUGGUGAUGCAUUGUGGGCAGGAGAGAGUAAAACUCACCCUGUUUCUCCUUUUAUCUAAUUCUGUCAGAACAGGCUCCAGGCAGGACUUCCUGCAUGGGAUUUCUGGCCUGGUUGUGCCAGAAGCUAGCAAGCUGAUCUUGAAGUUCUUCUGUCUUCAGGCUUCCCUUAGGAGUGGUGUCUAACUCAGCACUGGGCAGCUGGGCAGGAUCCAGUCCAGGCACUGCAGUUUGUAAGUAGCCAGAGGAGCGUUGCCAGGUCUGUGCUGCCUGCAGAGCACAGUGGGCCUGGCUCUGGGUCAGCUCUGAACGCCUGCCUGGGAAUAAACGGAGCACCAAAGGCACGAGACGAGGUAGGUCUGCUGAGCAAACCCAACCUGCAGUAGUUGAGCUGCUCCCGAGUGGAGAGAGUGCCCUGCAGGAAAAACUGGGUUGGUUUGUUAGCCUAAGAUCUCUUUCCCACUCUGCCUGCCCACCAUAGUGGAGUGAUCUGCCCCAACUUCAUAGAAAUUUAAAGCUUAAUUGUUUUCUUUAGAGCAUCAAAAAUUUUCCCUAGGGCCAAAUCCUGCCAUUAUUUUCACCCUCAGUUCUCCUCAGCAUGACCACAUUCAGGGCAUUCAUCAUUUCUACUCUGUGUGAUGUGCACAGGACAAGGUAGCAGAGUUGUGCUCGGUGGGGCAACAGUUUCACAACAUAAUUCUGGUGGCCUUAGCCUGAGGAGCACAGUGAAUGCCUGGUCAGGCUGGGGGCACAAAAUUGUCUGUGAAGGUGUGAUGGCCAUGAGAACAGAUUCUACCUAAAUGUAUUUCGACCCUUGGACUUACCUGUUCGAGUAUUUGUGUAAUGCAGCUUCUGAAUAAAGCACGUGGUCAGUCUUUCUCAUUUCUAUCAGCAGAUCUUUCACUACUAAGUAGGAGUAGAUUUGUGUCCCUGUUUAAGGGAAACCCGAGGGUCAGCACCUGGAAAAGUGCUAGUUCUCACCCCUCUGCCAAGUGCAGCUUUCCUGAUGAGAUGGGAAACCAAAGGCCACAGUGCUCAGGGAGUGUGGUACAAACCAGUAAUGCCACCUUGCAGCUGAGGUGCAUUUUGAGUUGCUGUGCCAUGAGACUGUGCAGUGUGUGUGCCAGGCCCAGAAUCACAGUUAUCGGUACCGUCAGCAUCCCAGCAAACAUGUUCUCGUGGGCAGUGCCAGCUCCUGUGCUGGGGAAGACUUGCUCAGUGCAGCAUCAGCUUCCCUGACAUGCAGCAGACGUGGGGGAGGCCUCGUGUGGGAGGUCCCGGGGCUGAGCCGGACCCUUAUCUUGCCAGCCAGCUGGGAGGGCAUUAUCCGGGAUCAGCUCUGCAGGGCACACUCUGCACUGGCUGGGCUGCCUGAAGACCUUCCUCUGGUCCUGUAAAGCCAGCGAGAAAGCAAGGAUUGUACUACUCUGGUAAGUCAACAGUUACCUUCUGUUCUUUUUUUCUCUUUGGUUGACAGCACAGGGAAGCACUGCUUUGUUGCAGGUAUGUGUAGUUGUUCUCCUGGAGAAUUAUAGCAGCUCAUGUGCUCAGCAGUGGCACGAGGCUGUAAUGUAAAGACACCUCAUUGACCCAUGUCUUGCAGCACAGUCACAGCUCCAGAAGGAGAUUAUUCACCUGCUGGAGCAAAACUACCAUGGAAAACUCCACUGACCUCCACCCUCAGUGAUCAGUACCCUUUCUGUGGCCAAGGACUGUUUAUCACUUCUUUCCAAAGCUGGAAAGGCUAUUUUUCGCUUGUGGUAACAGUAAAUUUAUUUCUGAAUCUCCUCUUACAGUUUGCAUGAACAAAGCUUUGCUUACAGGUAAUUCAGAGCUAUGAUAAGGCAUGAGCUGUUUCAUAUUUUAGUUUUUGAUUCCUUGACGGAAAUUUUAUUGGCUACUCUAGUAAUUCACCUCCACUAAUGCUGAAAAUAGAAGCAGCUCUUGUACACUUUGGAGGACUAGUGAAAAUGUAUUUGAUGGCUGCAGCUAAGCCUCCCAGUAGCUAUGUGUUCAUAUCCCUCCUCAAAUACAGGGUUGGAAGACCAGGAACAUUCUCUCUCCUGUAAAGAGAGACCAAGAUUUUGCACAUCUCUUUUAAUUUUGUUCUUUUCAGAGCUCUUGCACCUGUGAAGGACACCAAAUUCACUCAACUUUAGGAACUCAUCCUCAGAACAAACCAACAAAAGACCUGGGGCUGCGGUGUCAGUCCUGGAGUGUGUGGUGUCUACUUGCCUGGUCUUCACCUCAUUCAGUCUCACCAGGGAAGUGUUUGCAGGUGAAGAUGAACAGGGAAAUUCUCUUCUUGUCCCUGCUUGGCUUCCUCCCGCUCGUGAUACCCACCUGCCCUGUGCCCUGCAAGUGUACCAGCACCAUUAUUGACUGCACCUCGAAAGACCUCACUGUAGCAAACCUGCCCAUUGCCUUCCGUCCUUCAGCUGAAAUUAUCCACCUCGGUUACAACAGGCUCACCUCUAUUCCCAAUGGGCUCUUUGACAACCUGAGGAGCCUGCAGGUAGUGUACCUGCAGGGCAACCCUUGGGAAUGCACCUGUGACAUCCUGUACCUGCGCUCCUGGCUGCAGUGGCAGCAGAACCGCACCCUGUACCGGGAUGUGAGGUGCAGCUCCCCGAGGCACCUGCAGCACCGGGUCAUUGCCUACCUGACAGAGGACGAGGUCAACUCCACGUGCCAGUACUGGUACUGCAGCCUGGCUCUCCUCUCUCAGCUCUGUCUCUUCAUCCUCCUUUUCCUCCAGGGUAUCUUGGUUAUCUUCAUCAUUGUUUACCUGCAGAAAUUUCGGAGGAUGACCGCUGAAGCCCGGAGCACCACCCGAGAACUGCACCAGCAGGUUGACCCUUGGGUAUCUUCUUCAAGAAACCCCUACAACAAUGAUUAACAUCCCAAGACUGAAGACCCUCCUCCUCUUGGGGGAUGAUGUGCCAAGCUCCUGUGGUUUGUGAUACCCAGAGCGGACAUCUGAUCCUGACUGCAGUCCAAAGCAGGACUUGAACUAUCAGACAUUUGCCUGUGUUCCUAAAGAACCAAUCUUGUGGGUUUUUUAAUGCUUUGAACUCUUUAGCAUGAUGUUGAUUGCUUUGCUGAGCUGGAAGUGGCUCUGGUUUGGUAGAUUAAAGAAAUCAUAAACUACAGUGACCAGAACUGACUCGAAUGGCUCACAGGGUCCUAAAGGCUACAGAGCUUGAUCCCUCCUAUGCUACAAUAUCUCAGCCACACUUCCCACGAUGCUUCUGGUUGUGUUGGGUCCGGUGAGGACAGAGGUGGGCAGUGAACAGUUAAGGUACUAAGGACUAAGACAGUGGAGAAAUACAGUUUCCUCGUGUUACCACAGACUGCCUUAGAAUCUUUGGCCGAGUGACUUAGUCUUCUCCUGCCAUGGUUUCCCCCAUCAGUAAAAGAGAAAGAAAAUUUCUUCUUGCUUGAUGCAUCUUUUCCAAUGUUCUUCUGAGGGAGGGAGAGAAUGUUUAGAAGCCCACCUAUUUUAUCCUGUCUGCAUUCCUUUUAAUCUUCUUACAGUUUUAAUACUGACUUCAGCUGAGUGAGACUGGGGCCCUGAAUGUUUUUGAGAUAUUCAUCCUGAAGCCAAGAGUUGUUGAGACCAGUGGCUCGCUCUGGCUGUGCCUGUAACAGCACUUGGCAUGAGAGAUCUGGUCUUUAGAGACUUAAACUGCAAACCCCACUGAUGUGCCUACUGCUGGUUAUAGUGUCCCUUAAUUAUUUUUGAAAUGAAGCAAAAAUGAAAUAAAAUAAUGACGCCGGUUGAUGU